AUGAACUACCUCACCUUGUCUGCCGCCAUCAUUGGUGACAAGGAAAAGAAGGCUGCCCAGUUGCAACAGCUCUUCGACGAGCAGGCAAGCAAAGCCGCCACCCAGCUGAAUACGCUCCUUGUUGAUGGCAAGCAACUUGAAAGCGACUUCAGUGUGCUUGCCUACCAUCUACUGAAUACCAGGGACCUUGCCGAGCCGGAGAAGUCUCAAUUGAGUGAAGACGAAGUGCUGCUCUCGAUGGUCUGGGGCCUGGUCAACCCUGCGUCUUGCAGGCUAAUUUCACUGAAACAUAGUGGACUAAGAUCUUAA